AGCUUUAUAAAAAUUCAAAUCGGCGAAUCAUGGGGCCCAUUCCAUCAAAGAUGCUGAUGAUCAUCAUCCAUUCUAAUAUGCCUGAUAAAGAAGAGAUAAGUACAAAAGCAAAGCUUUCAAAAUUACAUUGUCCAUUUACUUGGGAAAUAUUGGACAGUGUGAUAAAACAUUCCUUAGUUCAUCAGAAGCAAGACGAUGAAAAUGACGAGGAUGAAAUAGAUGACGAAAAAUCUUAUCCCUUAGAACAAUUGUUAAUAUCUUUGUUCAAAUGUUACAAAGCUUUGUUAAGUGCAAAUAACAAUGAAGUAACAAAAAGAAUUGAAAAAGCUGGAGAAAUUUUAAAACAGAUUCAACAAAAGAUAGAAUUUAAUCAGAUAAUAAGAACAAUUGAACAUGUUUUUUAUGCUACAAAAUGCUUUAUUUUGUAUAAUGCUGAUGAUAUAGAUGGACUAGAAGAGAUAUUGCAAAAUGUUAUUGAUCCUAAAGAUUUCAACGAUAUAGAAUUAGGUGCGUUGUAUGGCUGUCAAAGUGUUAUAUGGUCAUGCUUAAAUGAUUUUGGUAUGCACAAAGCAGUUGACAUUGCUAAGAAAGCAGUGGAAAGGGAUCAAAAUUGUGCAUUAUGGCAUUUUAUUUUGGCAAAGAAUCUUAGACGUCAAAGACGUACAAUAAAUGUUGCAUCUAACGUAUCAGAUUUGGAAAAAGCACAUUUUGAAAUAGCAUUUGCUAUGUCUAAGAAUGACAGGUUUGGAGUAUAUUAUUUGCAAAUGCGUAUUGAAAGUUUUAACAAAUAUAAUCGAGAUAAAAUUUAUAUGAUGAAGAAAAAUGCUAAUGAAAAAGAAGUAAUAAACAUAGCCAAACAAAUUUUAAAAACAAAACCAACUAAUAAUAAAGUGCUAUUACGACUAGCUCUUAUAUUUCUACGUGCAUCUUCGGAUGAAAGAUUAUUUGCAAAAGAAUGUCUUGAUGCUGUACAUAAAAUAUCGCCAAAUAAUUCUACAUCUUUGCAUUAUACCGCAAUAUUAUACGAGCAAAGCGGAGAUUAUAAAGUUAAACUCGCCUAUAUACAAUAUGGUUGGGAAGUAGGAGAGCUAGAACCACUACCACAUUUAUUACGAAUGUUGAAGAAAUAUGAACAGAUAGUUAAAGAACGACAAAUAGCUAUACUUCUAGCUAUUGCUGUAACUUAUUUUUCUCUGCAUAACGAUAUACUAAAUGCAGCAGAAUAUUUUUUAAAAGCACUUGAUGUGGAUUCAUCGAGCAACAAAUUCAAGACAUUUUACAGAUUUCUUGACUUUGAUACCUCUAGUAUUUUACAUUUUUUAAACCAUUAUUUUUGUUAUCUUUUGGAGAGAAAAAAUUCAAGGCCACAUACAAAAAUGUUUGAAGAAAUAAGAAAACGCUUGGAUGUGCAGGAAAUAGUGGAAGAAUUGUAUGCUUCUGUCUGUAGAUAUUAA